AUGAGUACUUAUUCACCAAAAGAAUCAAAUUGGAAUUCAACAAAAAAACAUACGCUUUCAUCGAAUGGAGAAUACUCAUCUCCAACAAAACGUUCUCGUCCAUCGCUUUCACAACGUUUAGGACUUGCCGAUGAAUCGGAUCCAUCCGAUGAUGAACCUUAUAGCCCAACAGAUAAUAAUUCAUUUGACACGCAACAAAGAAUCAUUCGACAACCACAAGCAUCACUAAGAGAAUCAACAUUAAUAGCAAGUGGACAACCUUCAAAAGCUAUUUUAGAAUUAUUGAAAGAUGACGAUGAAGAUGAAGAAGAAGAAGAAAUAGAAGACGAAGCUUAUAGUCCAUCACAGUUAGAUCCAGCUACGAUGGAUGAAGUUAGCCAUCAAUUAAAAGGAUUAAAUCAACCAUUAAGAUCAAUACCUAUUCCUGUGUCUCAACCUGCGACUUAUAUUCCUCCCAUUUCUUCUGCUUCAUCGUUACCUUUAAAUACUCAUCAACAAGAUAUGGAUUAUAGAGAAAAAAAGAAAUUGAGUGAUAAUACAAUAAAACAUGAAUUAAAUCAAAAUAGUUGUCGUAUUAUUCCAAUUCAUGGUGAAUGUACAGGUGUUGAUCCUCGUCUUCGUAUUCAUUCAGCUCGUCUACGUUUAAAAGUUCGUCAAUUAGUUUUAGAACGUCUUUCAACAAAUGAUUUAAUUGAUCGAAAUGAAAUUCUUGAAGAACUUGAUCACCUUGUUGAAUCACAUGGAAGAAGACUUUAUUGGUACAGAGUUAUUUGUUUUUUACAAAAUAUAUCUCUGACAAAUAAUACACCAAAACAAAUUCACUAUUACUUAAAAGAAGUUUCAAAAUUACUUGUUCUAACACCAAACAUUUCGAAAAUAUUGAAAAUAAAACAAAAAUAUCCUAAAACAAUCCCAAUCGAUACAAAUGAAAUACAAACAAUUAAUGAUCCAAGAUCAAAAACAUUUACAAUGAAUAACAUUCAUCUUAAACCUCUUCGAUACAAAUGA